AUGCUUGUUACCAGGCAAAGCGCUCCGGAGCAGAGUUCUUGGUCCAUUGGCAAAUUUGAAACGGCUUUUCACAAGUCCGCGGAAAGCCUACGUAUGUCGAACAGCUACGACGCGGUGACGCAGUCAGACUGGCAGGGUCAGUACUCAUUUCUGCCGCCAGGAGACAACAACAUCUUCUCUCAGUCAUAUGAACAUGUGACGGGUUCAGUGGACCAUGCGGAUUCGCAAGCGCAGCCGCGGAGUGUGGCUGCGCCAAGCAACGCCUUAGACAUCGAGGCGCCAAAGCGGGAGAGCCCUCCAUUGGGACACCACCGCUUAGAUCCUCUUGGUCUACGACAGCCAAAGCAGCCAUCGCCAAUUCCAGAGCAGCCUGGAAACCAAGGGGAACAAUAUGCGCAAAAAGCAACCGAGUCGGCACACGAGGAGCCAUUGGCAUCGACCGAGACCCCCGGCAUGUCCUUGGGCUCCAACCCCCUGAGUUCAGUAUCAUCCACGGGUCAAGGGCCUGAAGUAGGCCCAGGUCAACCAGGGAACGAGAGCCAGACGGUCAUCAAGGAAGAGGAUGAGGAGGUGCUGGAGGACGAGGAGAUGAUAGAAGGGGACGGAGAUGGUGAUGCUCAGCCACAACCUCAGACUGCGGCUGAGAGGACCGCCCAGCGACGCAAGAUGAAGCGCUUCAGACUUACGCACCAGCAAACCCGAUUUCUGAUGAGUGAGUUUGCGAAGCAACCACACCCAGAUGCAGCUCACCGCGAACGUUUGUCUCGCGAAAUUCCGGGACUGAGUCCACGCCAGGUGCAAGUGUGGUUUCAAAACAGACGCGCCAAAAUAAAACGUUUGACGGCGGACGAUCGUGAACGUAUGAUCAAAAUGAGAGCUGUCCCCGAGGACUUUGACAACUUGGGCGCUCUCCACUCCCCAUACGGUGCAGUUCAUGGACUGGGAGCCCCUAUGGCGUCUCCUGUUGAUCUUGGAGGAUCGUCGUACGACCAUAUGAUGCGCCCGCUAAUGGUGGAUGUUCGGCGAUCUGAUGGAGAUGAGCACCUCUCACCCACCGGUUUGAGCCCUGCCUUUGGUAGCAUAGGCUUCAACCCUUCGAACUCGCUCAGUUCGCCCGACAUACUUUCUCCAUUAUCACCAACAUCGACCGAUCGCUACGGCUACUCGAGUCAUAUGUCGUCGGGACCUUUGAGUGGUGGGCCAAGAACAUCGAAUCCAUUUGCACGACAGCCAAGCAUCGACAGCAGCAUGCAGAUGCAUAGUCAUCAUUCGAGACAACAAAUACGGCCCCUGCAGCCACUUCACCUCCGAGAUACCAUGACGCGAUCACGCUCCGACUCGUUACAGUCGCCUCUACGAUCCAGCAUGUCCUGGAAGGGCGAUUCUCUUGAUUACACUACUUACCACGGCGGAAAUCCAUCUCCUCAGUUAGGUGGUCGGCCACACGGGUUGUAUCAGCAGGAUCAGGUUGGCGGAUCAUCUGGGAGCGGGCUAGGGGGCUAUGAUUCGAGCAGCUACUCUGGCUCUACUGUACAAUCCCCAACUCACAUGAACUACCCGAAUUACCAAUCCUCUAGCCUUCAACAAAGCCAACAGCGUGGGUCACGUCUGCGAGCCGCCUCGGCCUCAUUACCACUUGGCCUCGAUCUUCGAACCCAGUACCGGUCCUCUGUCGGGUCCGGCAGCAUGCAAUCAGCGACUCAUUCUCCAGGUCCACGCACGACAUCAACCUCACAAUUAGGGGGCGUGUCCUCUAGUUAUACCGCGAGUUUUCCAUCGGCCCCUCUUACCGCCCCUGUCGACUUCUCUUUGCCUCGCACGCCCGGAUACCGGUCAACAGGAGGUGAUUAUUCGAUGCCACAAAUGAGCGCCCCGAUCGCGCCACCAAACGACUUUUCCCAGGCCUUCCAAGCGAGCAUGAGCAAUUCGAGCUCGAGGACACCAAUAAGGGAUUCUUUUGGGGGUGGUCAUGGACCUCUGGGCUUGGGACAGCAGAGCCAAAGCUCAGUCGAUCGCAACGAUGACUAUUCGCAAGAUCCGCUCGGUAUGAAGCGCAAGCGAAGCUUUACGGCGGCCACAUCUUCUGCGAACUCGGGGCCGAGUGUGUAUGGAGCAACGUCAUGA